CUACGCAACAGCGGACCCUGAGUCCAUCCAGCGCUCCAUUCAAAGUGCUGAGGUCCAGAUGAGAGCCACGUUCAGCCGCAUCCAGCACAGCAGACACGAGUUAGACUAACAGCAGCGGCGAAGGGGCUUCAGGAGCCACUCCAGUCUUGGAGAAUCACUUCUGGGAUCGUACUUUUGUUUGUUUCCUAGAGUUGAUUUAGGACGAGAGGGAGCGACUCUUGCAGAGGGGGCGACACCUGCAGCCAAAAUGGAGGUGAAGACGUCACUUCUAGACAACAUGAUCGGCGUGGGCGACAUGGUCCUCCUAGAACCCCUGUCCGAGGACUCAUUCAUUGAGAACCUGAGGAACCGCUUUCACCACAAUGAGAUCUACACUUACAUUGGCAGUGUGGUGAUCUCCAUGAACCCCUACAGGUCCUUGCCCAUCUACACACCAGACAAAGUGGAGGAGUACCGCAACAGGAACUUCUAUGAACUUAGGCCACACAUCUAUGCGUUGGCCGAUGAGGCCUACCGCUCACUGAGGGACCAGGACAAGGACCAGUGCAUCCUCAUCACAGGGGAGAGCGGGGCUGGGAAAACCGAGGCCAGUAAGCUGGUGAUGUCGUAUGUGGCAGCGGUGUGUGGGAAGGGCCAGGAGGUGAAUAAGGUCAAGGAACAGCUGCUCCAGUCCAAUCCCGUGCUGGAGGCCUUUGGAAAUGCCAAAACAGUGAGGAAUGACAACUCCUCCAGAUUUGGAAAGUACAUGGACAUUGAGUUUGACUUCAAGGGAGAUCCUCUGGGUGGAGUCAUCAGCAACUAUCUGCUGGAGAAGUCCCGUGUGGUGAAACAGCCACGAGGAGAGAGGAACUUCCACAUCUUUUAUCAGCUCUUGUCUGGGGCCUCCGAUGACACACUAAAGAAGCUGAAGCUGGAUCGGGACUUCAGCAAGUACAACUACCUGAGCCUGGACUCUGCUGCGGUCAAUGGGCUGGAUGACGCGGCCAACUUCAGGACAGUCAAAAAUGCCAUGCAGAUUGUGGGCUUUAUGGAGGACGAGGUGCAGUCGGUGCUGGAGCUGGUGGCGGCCGUGUUGAAGCUCGGCAACAUUGAGUUCAAGCCCGAGUCGCGCUGUAACGGCACCGAUGAGAGCCGCAUUAAAGACAAAAAUGAUUUUAAGGAGAUGUGUGAGCUACUGGGGGUCGAACAGUCGGUGCUGGAAAGAGCAUUCAGCUACCGGACAGUGGAGGCGAAGCUGGAGAAAGUUUCCACUACCCUGAAUGUGGCUCAGGCCUACUAUGCCCGAGACGCCCUCGCCAAAAAUCUCUACAGUCGUCUGUUUAGCUGGCUAGUUACCAGGAUCAACGAAAGCAUUAAAGCACAAACCAAAGGUCGCCACAAGGUCAUGGGAGUGCUUGACAUCUAUGGCUUUGAGAUUUUUGAGGAGAACAGCUUUGAGCAGUUCAUCAUCAACUACUGCAACGAGAAGCUGCAGCAGAUCUUCAUCGAGCUGACGCUGCGUGAGGAGCAGGAGGAGUAUGUCAGAGAGGGCAUCGAGUGGACCAACAUUGACUAUUUCAACAAUGCUAUUAUCUGCGACCUCAUUGAGAAUAACCAAAGUGGCAUCUUGGCCAUGUUGGACGAGGAGUGCCUGAGGCCGGGCACGGUCACUGACGAGACCUUCCUGGACAAACUGAACACCAUCUGCGCUGAACACCAGCACUUUGAGAGUCGCCUCUGCAAGAAUUCAAAGUACAUCACGGACCACAGCCUGCCGCACACUUGCUUCCGCAUUCAGCACUAUGCUGGCAAGGUCUUGUACCGUGCCGAGGGUUUUGUAGACAAGAACAACGACCUGUUAUACCGGGAUCUGUCACAGGCCAUGUACAAGGCCAACCACAGCCUCAUCAAACAGCUGUUCCCUGAGGGCAACCCAGCCAAAGUCAACCUGAAGAGACCACCCACUGCUGGAUUCCAGUUCAAAGCAUCAGUGGGGACGCUGAUGAGGAACCUGCAGACCAAGAACCCAAACUACAUCCGGUGCAUCAAGCCCAAUGACAAGAAGGCCUCCCACAUCUUCACCGACUCUCUGGUCUGCCAUCAGGUGCGCUACCUGGGCCUGAUAGAGAACGUCCGUGUGAGGAGAGCCGGCUAUGCCUUCCGUCAGGCCUACGAGCCGUGCCUGGAGCGCUACAAAAUGCUCUGCAAACGGACCUGGCCCCAUUGGAGGGGGCCUGCCAGGGAAGGAGUGGAGGUGUUGAUGGCUGACCUCAAGGUUCCAGGCGAAGAGUUCUCGUACGGCCGCUCCAAGAUCUUCAUCAGGAACCCAAGAUCGCUCUUCUUCUUGGAGGAGAGGAGGAGGCAAUGCCUGCAAAACCUUGCUACACUCAUUCAGAAGAUCUACCGUGGCUGGAAGUGCCGCACCCACUUCCUGCUGCUGAAGAAGAGCCAGAUAGUGGUGUCAGCGUGGUACCGCCGAUAUGCGCAACAAAAGAAAUACAAGAAGAUCAAGAGUGCCACCACUGUGGUGCAGUCCUACACCAGGGGAUGGCAGGCCCGCAAACUCCUGAGAGAGCUGAAAUAUCAGAAGAGAUGUAAAGAGGCAGUGACUACCAUCGCAGCCUUCUGGCACGGCACCCAGGCUCGGAUGGAGCUGAGGCGUCUAAAACAAGAAGCGCGGAAUAAACACGCUGUGACAGUAAUUUGGGCAUACUGGCAGGGAACCAAGGCCCGGAGAGAGCUGCGUCAGCUGAAGGAGGAGGCGAGGAAUAAACAUGCCGUAUCGGUCAUUUGGGCCGGCUGGCAGGGCACCAAGGCUCGCAGGGAGCUGAGAAGACUGAAGGAAGAGGCCCGGCGUAAACAUGCGGUCGCUGUGAUUUGGGCCUAUUGGCAGGGACUCAAGGUCCGCAGAGAGUACAGAAAAUUCUUCAGGGCAAAUGCAGGCAAGAAGAUCUAUGACUUCACCAUCCAGAGAAUUAUGCAAAAAUACUUCCUGGGCCUGAAGAGCACCCUACCCUCCAUGUCACCCAUCGACAAGAGCUGGCCUGCCAGGCCUUACCGCUUUCUGGAUGGAGUCCACACAGAGCUGAGGACCGUCUUCCAUCACUGCAGGUGCAAGAAGUACAGGAGCCAAUUCACAGAGGAGAGGAAGGCAAUUUAUGAGGAGAAGCUGGAAGCCAGUGAGAUCUUCAAAGAUAAAAAGGCUCUCUACCCGAGCAGCGUGAGCCAGCCCUUCAGAGGAGACUACCUGGAGAUCAGAAAGAACCCCAAAUAUCAGAAACUCAACAGCGCUGUGGAAGAGAAGGUUCUGAUGGCUGACGUGGUCAACAAGAUAAACAGGGCCAACGGCAAGGGCACGGCUCGAAUCUUCCUGCUGACUAAAAACAGCGUUGUCCUGGCUGACCAGAAGACCGGCCAGGUGAAGACCAGCGUUCCCCUGCCGGACCUCACCAGUGUGUCAGUGAGCACGCAGAGUGACGGCUUCUUUGCUCUCAAACUCAAAGAGGGGUCAGCCUCCGCCAUCAAAGGAGACUUCUUACUCAGCAGUGAACACCUGAUCGAGAUCAUCACCAAACUGCACCGCACCGGGGGCACGUCUGCAGACAGCGAGCAGCUCAACAUCGACAUCUCUGACGAGUUCCUGGUGCAGUUCAAGCACGACAAAGUGUGCGUGAAAUUCAUCCAGGGAUCCCCCAAGAACGGCAGCAGCGCGUCCUGCAAGCGCAAGAACAACCGCCUGCUGGAGGUGUCGGUGCCAACGACGGUAUAGUGCGGCUCCAUCGCCAGGUUUAGGGACGACCAAACGACGAAACCACCUCCCACUCCGAACCAUCACCCCAGUGCCCACACCGAGCCGCCAAAGGAGUGCAGUUAUUUGGCUUGUCGUGGUUGUCGUUUUUUUUUCCUUCAGUCUAGAUUUACUCGAGCGCCACUAUAGAUGUAACCAUGUGCCACUUUUUUUUUGGCAAAGAAAACCCUCGUCUGGGGAUGCGUGCCGCAGAAGUUUGGUGAAUUAUGUCACUGGGGUUUUGUAAAACUGGGGUAAAGUGUUGAAAAUGGAUGACAAAAAUGUCGCAAGAAACUUCAGUAGACCAGUGGCAAUGUUGAGAAUGAUUGUUCUUCCUGUAUGUUGAAUUAUUCUUUGGAUAAAAUGUCGUAAGAACUUCGUGACGAGCUCUAGACUUAACUGGCCUUGACUCAUCCGUUUUUAAGCAUCUCUGGCUUUAAGCAGAUUGCUUAGAAUGUAAGAUGAACUGGGAACUUUUCGGCUUGGCCUGUCGGAUUUAGACUCGCUCAAGAACAUAAAUACUGCACCUGUUUUCACCUCGGUGGAACCAAGAGAGGAUGAGCUGAAAAAUAAUUUGAUUGUAUGUUUUAUUUUCUACAUAUCUAAAUAUAUUUUCAGUGGGCCGUUGAGAAGACAAAUGUAAUUUGCCCGGUAAUUGUAAGACACCUUUUUGUAUCCUCCUGCAUGUGCCAUUGAACCGGUCCCGUGACUUGUCACGUACUGGUGUACAAAUGCAAACGUUGACCACCGCGCAGUUGCUUGACCCCAUUCUUCACAACAUCCUUGCCAACAUUUUUUUGAUUAGGGGGAUCCUAUCGUCCUGUGGUGGCCAUUUCUUGUAAGUUUUGACAGCGCUGCACGUGAUAAACUUCAAUUCCUCCCCAAGCGCAGUACAAUAGAUAAUCACUUUGAAGCUUUAAUUAAUUUUCAAAGAGUCAUGGUAGACUGAAUUCAUGUCCUUAUCUCAUGGCUUUGUCAGGUAUGAGUCAAAGGAGGCUCUCACUUUUUGAGGAACACGAUUUAAAGAGAUUGACAAACGCAAUACAGACCUUCUAGUGGGAGGAAUACUCGGAAGGGAAGGUAUCUACCCAUCAUAGUAUCUUCACCAGAUCCUAACGGUCUCUGGUGCAAACCCCUUUGCUAUUGAUCUUUUCUGUUGUGUGCAAUAAAAGAAAUGCUUUGUGUGGCAAACCCAGAGCAGUCGCCCAUCAGCUGUACAUUUGUAGGCAUGGACACGAGCUUUCUGUGGAAUCCUAUUUUUAAUUGCUGUGUUUGUGAAAUGGCUGUUCUUGCCACUGCAGCUCGAGUUUUUGUAGUGCUUGACCCGCUCUGACUUAAUGUUUUAAUUUCUCACAGGUAAAAACCAAAUAUUAAGCGCACAUGACCAUAGAUUCUUGAUGUAUCUGAAGAAUCUGACCAGUUACACCUUCGAGUACAAAUUUGGUACUCACAUUUACAUGCAAGCCAAAUUAUGAGAAGCAACUGCAGUGCUAUAUGUUCAGGUAUGUUGACUAUAAUCUUUAUUUGGUUGUACUGUUGGUGACAUUGAUUGUCAACCAGCUGUUUCUCUUGUGACUGAGAGGGAGUAACCAGCCGAUCUUGGUCUGGUCAUGAUUUGCAAUCCAGGAUGUCUUGGUUUGUGCAUUUUUUGGUGUAUUUUUUUAACGUUGCACACACACACACACACACACACAACGCAGGAACAUGAGCAAUCAGUUGUCGCUGUCCCAUGCCAGUUUUGAUGUAUUCUCUUCAUUGGCGCUGCACAGUUUGAAUGUUCUGCUAAGGUGAAAUCUUCCCUCGGUUUUGCAUUUGAACAACAACUAGCACUGCGAAAUGGUCGUCUGGAUUCUUGUGCCUCAUGUCAACCUGUGCCAAUAGAUAUACCCUGGAGAUGUUUCAGUCGAACUCUGUGUAACAUUUACAAGUAAUCUCUUUUUAAAUUAAAUAAAAAUCUGUAAUAAAUGUUGUUCUCUGA